UUGCUGUGAGCCGGUCAGUAGUGCGUCGAGCUUUCAUCGUUGCAAGUAGGAACGAUCCUAGUAAAAACAUAAACAAAAAUGAGUUCAAAAGAAAAUAACGAAGUUGCAGUUGAAAAACUAGACAACGAAAAAAGUGCAGAGGCGAAGUACGAGUUAAAAGGCACGAAGCGAGCGGCGGAGGAAAAGACAGACGAACCAAAAAAAGCAAAAAAGGAGGAGAAUGGAGCUAAUUCUGAAGACGAAUUGGAUGAAGAGGAGGAAGAAGGUGUAGAGGAAGAGGAAGACACGGGAGAAGAGGAACUUCCCGAGGGGGAAGAUGAGGAAAUAGAAGGGGAAGAGGACGACGAGGAUGUAGAGGGCGAGGAGGGCGUGGAUGAGGAGGAAGACGAUGCAUAAUAGAGUGGGGGCCGUCUACUCUGUGAACGAUAUUUGGCGGACUAUCUCAGUGCAAAGUCCCGAGCUACUUUGUGGACACAUAAACUCAGUUAAUCGUUAAAAGUGCGUCUUAAGCAACAGUUGUUCCAUUCUGCCAUUGUUGAACCAUCAUCCACUGUAAAGUAAACAGCCAAGAGGACCCAUCGCUCUCCACAAGCUACCUCGCGACCUUUGCCAGUCAGGACUCUUCAGUGACCGUGCAAACUGCGUGUGACCCGCGGUACCUGACAUUUCUAACUUAUUACGUAUCCCCUUCGAUUUGUAAAAAAUGUCCAUUUUGUGUAAAGAUAGAUAUAAAUUUAGUUUAAGUUUGUCUCUGAUACAAAAUGUUUCUUUUUUUUUCCCUAAUUAAGUAAUUGUACAAAAAAUUUUUGAAAAUGUCGCAGGACCCACAUCACUUCCAGCUGUUGGAAGCUCGAAAACUAAAAAUAUGUAAUUUCGAUUGAACCGCGACCGUUAUCGUGUAACGGUCGCGCCAAUCCGACAAGAGUAUAUAAAAGAAGGGCAAUAAAGUGUUACUGUAGGCUAAAUAGACCUUAGUCUAUCUAAUCUGUUUUUAGAUCCGUGUGUUUACUUGUAUGUAUGAUAUAUCUUGUAAUUAAUUUUUUUUUAAUUAAUUUUAUUUUAAGAAAUUGCGUUUAUUAGCGAUGCUAGUCUUCGCACUUUUUUAUUCACUGCCAAAUGUAUGUUAUUGAUUAUAUGGAAAGCACCCCACCGACCAAUUGUUUCGAUGAUUCAGUUCCGCAGUUCAGUUAAACUUGAAUUCUAUCCUCGGAGUCGUCGCCUCUGUGGGUACUAUUUGUUUUUGUUUUUUUUUAAAUACGCAGCCGAUUUUGAUUUUAUUACAGUUUUAUACUAUGGGGGUUUUUAUAUAAUUGUGGUCUCCAUUUGGCGCCAUUCAUUCCAACUAAUCUUUACGACAAUUGGGUGGUUGCGCCUUAAUCCGAUAUAUUUUUACUACAAAUGAGGUUUUAUGAACUGUUUGUCUACUUAACAAAAUGAUCUUGUAGAAAUUUAUUUGUAACAGUGCUGUAUGAUUUCUGAGUGAUUAUAAACGAUGGAUACAAAUUGUUUCAUA